UUCCUCUCCUACGACACAAAGAGGGACCCGUCCUCGACUGGCAAACUACAUCCGGUCCGCAUAAUCUUUCUGGCGCUCCGUCCCGGGGACCCCAACUGCUGUGCGACGACAACGGGGCCUGACUGCUACGCCACGUCUGGGCGAGAAUACUAGACUGACGAUACACCUUUCAAGCAAGUGCACUGCCCUGCCCGCCGACACUCGCCUCGGUGACAAACGUGUUUGAUACUGGUCUAUCUGCCCCGCACUGUACCUUAUUCCGGUGCCAUACUCCCCGGACCAGUGACAUUUCGGCAGAACGGUAGAACCUCCACCGAUCCGUCUGCUGAAGAUGUCUUACUAGGUAGUUCAAGUCUGGGUCCUGAGUGGAAGCCGCCGACCACCUUCUGCGAGGCCUGUCUCGGUGAUCGUGCCCUCGACUAUCAGUAUCGGUGUUACAGAUGACGCCCGAUGAGAUGGGUGUCAUCCCAUGCUCCAUCCACUCGAGAGGAUCGCAUCGGUGUGCAUGAAUCCCGCCUUUUACCCCGUUGGUUCUCAUCCGAUUCUCAGUGCCACGCUUCCCAGGGGUGUUUUCCCCUGUUUUCCAACUCAGUAUCGGAGAUGCAAUGGCGAGGGAGAAGCCUUCGCACAUUCAUCUACGGAGAAGCGUCAAGAAGCGCAAGAGAUGUCAACGUGCAUACGAAUCGGCAGAAUGGAGAGCAGAACUACCAAAUAGUCUGAUAAGCGAAUCGCUUCAUCGACGAUGCGACCAAUAUGUUCGAGAUCCGUCUCACCAAUCUGGUUUCCUCGUUACCUGCUAUCAGCCAAGGCCGAUUCUGAUAAAGGAUCCAUGCUUUUUGUCUGUGCUCAGGCCAGGUCUCCUCCCUCUUCCCUUCAUGUCCAGCGUCCAACGUCAUAUCCCGCUCGUGUUGGCAGCCAUCGGUACCGUCGUGGUUGUCUAUUUGGGCCGCCGUCGUGCGCGCCGCCUGCCGCUUCCUCCAGGCCUCCCAAAACUUCCGAUUCUGGGGAACCUCUUCAAUCAUCCGAAGGGUCAGCCCUGGGAGGCUUAUGCACAGAUCAGCAAGGAUGUUGACUCGGAUAUUCUGCACUUCGAUCUAGCGGGAACAUCUCUAGUUGUGCUGUGCUCGGCCUCUGCUGCAGCAGAUUUGCUGGACAAGCAGUCGGCAGCCUUUUCUGACAGGGCACGGAGGCCGAUGGUUGUCGAAGUCAUGGGAUGGGACUUCAGCGUCGCGGCAAUGAAAUACGGGGACAAAUGGCGCGCUCAUCGGCGAUUGAUGCAUCAAGUCCUCAACGAAAAGGCCGCAGUCCAGUAUCGGAGCAAACAGCUCGCCUCGGCACAUGAAGUGCUGCGGCGACUGAUGACUACACCUGAGGAGUUCAUGGAUCACUUCAGACACUGGGCCGCUGAGAUUAUUAUGUCGACCACUUACGGAAUCACCAUUGCGAAAGAAAACGACUUUUACGUGGAUUUGGCGCAUGCAGCGCUUCGGACGUUAUCAGUCGCCGGUGUCACGGGGACGUUCUGGGUCGACUUCUUCCCCGCCCUGCAACACAUUCCGGAGUGGUUCCCCGGGGCGAAGUUCAAACGCGACGGAGCCGUCUGGAGGAAGAUGGCGCGUCAGAUGGUCGAUGUGCCCUUUGCAGAGACAAAGCGGCAGAUGGCAUCAGGCGAGGCGCCCUCGUCGAUCGUGUCGGAAAGCGUGCGCACGAUGUCGGAUUCCUCAUUCUACAAUGAGGAAACAGUCAAGAACUCCGCGGCGACCCUCUUCCUCGGCGGCGCUGACACCAGUGUGUCCGCCCUCCAGACUUUUGUUCUCGCGAUGCUGGCGAAUCCUGAGGCCCAGGCCAGAGCACAGGCCGAGAUCGAUGCUGUCACGCAGGGCCUCCGGCUCCCAGAUUACGACGACGAGAAAAACUUGCCAUAUGUCAUGGCAAUCGUGCGAGAGACUCUGCGCUGGAGAAAUGCAACUCCAAUGGCAAUCCCGCACUUCACCUCGGUCGACGGCGAGUACAAAGGCUUCAGGAUCCCGGCCAAAUCACUAGUGAUAGGCAAUACUUGGGCUAUCACGCAUGAUGAAAGCGUCUACCCAGAUCCAGACAAGUUCAACCCCGAUCGGUUCCUGCUUCCUGACGGACAGAUCAAUCCCGAUGUUCCGUUUCCGGAUUCUGCAUUCGGAUUCGGUCGGAGAGUCUGUCCGGGAAAGCCCAUGGCCUUGGCUUCGCUGUACAUUGCUGUGGCCUCGAUCCUAUCUUCGUUCAAGAUCUCCAAGGCUCGCGACAUCAACGGGAACGAGAUCGAACCGACUUACAAGUAUCUCGCGGGCUUCAUAAGUGCACCGGCACCUUUUGAAUGCUCCAUACUGCCCCGGUCUGAUGAUGCUUCCAGUCUGAUCAUGAACACCGUAGAUCUGUGAAAAGAUUCUCUUCUGCGAGUUUAUGUAUGAUUAUUAAGACUUCAGAUGUUUCUGAUCUUGAUUACUGUCCCUUCCCAAUGUAUCUGAUCUGAACUAGAGCUCGCCUUGUAGAAUAAAACCGGAACGAGGCCGCUCCGCAGAAAGAUCCGACCAGCGGUCGUCUGGGGCUGAUGGCUCCACAUUUGUUAACUUAGUUCUCGCAUCGAUGACAUCGCUAGGCUCCAUUUCUCUUCAGUGAAAUUUGCCCUACAUAUAAUUCAUCACUGGGUUAGGAUACCAUGCAGCGAAAGAAAUCUCACUGUG